GCUUUUUCUUGCAUUUAACGUAUUGGUAUUGAAAAGUGGAGCAGAUAAUAUGACCAAUGAACAAGUUAUCUGUGGCGGUGGAUUGAUAUUUGCAUUGAUAUUAUCGAUCAUUGCAAUUUCUACUCCCGGAUGGAUCUAUUACGAUAGCACAAUUCCAUCAACAAAUAAAAUAUCUGGAUAUUCUAAAGGAUUAUUUUAUUCUAUCAACUCGGAUGGACAAAAACAAGAAAUUCUGAAAGGAGAUGCAGAAAAAGUGGCAAUAGCGUUUCUUAUCAUGGCAGAUAUCAUCAUAUUAUGUGGAAUCGUGGCUUCAGGAAUGAGUGCUUUCGAUAAAAACGAUAAAAAACGAGGAAGAGUUGGAGCACUGCUGGCGCUAUUGGCCGGUGUUUUUAUAAUGAUUGGGAUGGCCUGCUAUACAGGAAUACAAGCCGAUUCAGUGGAAUCUGCCAGAGUAGACUGGGGAUAUAGUUUUGCACUAGGAUGGACAUCUAUGUGCGUCUGCAUACUCUCCGGAAUACUUGGACUUAUGGUUUAGAUGAAAGACACAGCAAGGCAAAAAUUGAAUUUUUAUUCGCCUACUUUUUAAAAGCCUUAUUUGUGAUUUACAGAAGAGAUCAACUUGAAACAUCAGAUUUAUAUUAAACUUGAUAUCCCUUAACAUGUUUUUGUACAUUUAUAUAACGUUUGUAACGUUUUAUUCAUUGACAAAGAGAUCAAUGCUCAAGUAUAUGCCCACGAGGAUCAAAGGACUUUCAGUUUCACGUUUGUUUUAUACGCCUGCAAGUCCUAGACCUGGAGUAAACGUUGAAAGAAUCUAGGAAUCAGAAAAGUGUGCGGUACCUCAGUGAAACAUAUAUUUGUUGGUUAUCAUUUUUGUAUUUGCUUUAAUAAUAGAAAUAC